AUGGUGGAAAUCUCUUUCGGACGGACUGUUACAUCCUUGGACGAUGAACUUGUCACGCUCGCAGAGAAUACAUUCACAGCAAUACUCGAAACUGGAGGAGCGGCAACAACGCUGGUGGACCUUUUCCCUAUAUUGCGAUUCUGGCCGACUUGGCUUCCAGGGUUGGAAUUCAAGCGGCGAGCAAGCGAAAUCGCACAAAUGCUGCGAAUUACUAUGGAUGUUCCAUACGAAGGCGUGGUGAAGGAAAUGGCUGCGGGAGUUAACAAACCUUCGCUUUUAGCGAGUUUGAUUGAAAAGCUUUCCAUAGAAGGAGUUGUCACCGAAGAAGACGAGGAGGACUUGAAAGGAGCUAUCACAACUGUUUAUGCAGGGGGCACAGAUACGACCAUGACAGCGAUAAUGACAUUCAUUCUUGCGAUGGUUAUGCAUCCAAACAUCUUCCUCAAGGCACAAGCAGAAGUAGAUCAAGUGACUAAAGGCUCACGGCUUCCCGAGUUCGACGACAGACACUCGUUGCCUUAUCUCGAAUGUGUAUUAAAGGAAGUCUAUCGAUGGGGCUGCCCCCUGCCUCUAGGAGUACCCCAUCGGCUAAUAGAAGACGAUGAGUAUAAUGGAUAUCACCUUCCUGGCGGUUCUACCAUUAUACCUAACAUCUGGGCAAUGACGCGCCGAGAAGAUAUCUACCCGGACCCAGAGAGGUUCUUUCCCGAAAGGUUUGAAUCGAUGGAUGACGAGACGUUCGAAUUGUACGAUCCGCGCAAGUUGAUAUUCGGCUUUGGCAGACGAAUAUGUCCUGGCCGUACCUUUGCUGAUAACAGCGUUUGGAUAGCUGCGGCUAGCAUUUUGUCUGCUUUGGACAUUCGAAAAGCACGCGAUCAGACUGGUGAAGAGAUUUCGCCUGUUCCAGUAUUCAAAUCUGGCUUUACGAGGCACGUACUUCCCUUCGAGUGCGAUAUACGACCGCGCUCCAGGAAAGAUGUAUAA